UCACUAUGUUUUUGCUUUUGUCGAGCUUAGCGUAAAUGCGGAACUGUCGGUUCGCUGAAGCAAGCAGUAGACUUCGUAGCCGUACGAUCGAUAUACAGUAUGUCCCGUAGAUUUUAGAGGCCGCAUGGAAUUACGCGAAUCGCUGUCGUCGAGCAUGUUACUGAUACCGGCGUUCGUCGCGACUUUGGUCGCCCAAUUCGACCUUGCAUGUGCCACGUCCGCCAGUCUUAAUGAAAUAAGCUCGCGAGCUUUCACGUGCCGGGCCGGCAAGUGCCUGCGCGCCUCCUUCGGAACCUCCCUGGAGACUUGCAGGAUGACUUGUCCCGAAUCACCCCCCGUAUGGCCCAAACCGAAGAGCCUCCUCGUGGCCUACAAGGACUCGUCUCAGUUUCGCAAACGUCACGUUCUGCUCAAAACUUUCGGCCCCAAUGCCACCCGCGGCGACCUGGAGGCGAUGGCGAACCUCUUCGUCGGGUCGUUCCCCGAAGGCGACGUCCGCCUCGUCGACGACGACGUCGUCUUCAUUCGGCUGAACCUCCACGUGCGUUCCGGCGAGAGGAAGCUCGCGCUCUCUACCGACGAGAGCUACGAGCUUUACGUGCAACGUCUGGAAGACCACGUCUUGGUGAACGUCUACGCCGAGAGCGUCUUCGGCGCGAGACACGGCUUGGAGACGCUCAGUCAGCUCGUGUGGUUCGACCCUCAUCUCAACCAUUCGCGCAUACUCCACGACGUCCACGUCAAAGACGCACCCAGUUUCCCUCACCGGGGAGUCAUGGUGGACACCGCGAGGAACUUUUUCCCCGUGGCCGACCUGGCGAGGGUCGUGGACGCCAUGUCCUACGCGAAACUCAACGCGCUCCACUUGCACCUGACGGACGCGACAAGCUUCCCCGUGAUCCUCCCCAGUUACCCCGAAUUCGCAGAAGAAGGCGCGUAUUCCGCUAAGAUGACAUACUCCGCGCACCAGGUCCGGACCCUCGUCGAAUACGCUCGCGUGAGGGGCGUCAAGGUUAUCUUGGAGGUGGACGCGCCCAGCCACGUCAACAGGGGCUGGCCCAGGGAGCUCCUCACGUGCGAGGAGUCGGAUUUCUUCGACGCCCUCCUCGACCCCGACAACCCAGAGACCUUGGCGGUGCUGCAGGGUAUCUACGAGGAUCUCCUCGCGCUGGGAAGCGACGCGGAGGUUUUCCACGUUGGCGGGGACGAGGUGAACCUCGAAUGCUGGAGUAAGACGCGCGCGAGCAAACCAUUCGGCGACCUCCACUCGUUCUGGCUCAACUUCACCGGCCUGAUGAUGGAGAGGCUCCUAGCUGCCAACGGGGGCGUCAUGCCCCGCCACGUGGUGCUAUGGUCGAGUCCAUUGACGGACAACCACGCGGAGCGUCUUCCUUUCAAGGAAAACGUGGUCGUGCAGUAUUGGUUCGGACGGUAUCGUAACCUGCUCGACGCAGGCGUCAAAGUGAUCUUCUCCACAGUGGGCAAGUGGUAUUUGGACUGUGGCUUCGGCGCUUGGAAGAUGAACCAAGAGGAGGGAGUGUGCGAUCCGUACACCCCUUGGCAGAAGGCCUACGAGUACCGUCCGUGGAGUGAGUUGAGCAACAGCUCGGGAGUGCUAGGAGGUGAAGCGUGUCUAUGGUCCGAGCAGGUGAGCGUGGACGAUUUGGACACGAGACUUUGGCCUCGGGCCGCUGCCGUAGCCGAAAGGUUGUGGACGGAUCCGGAAGUGUUCGACGAACCGGAAGUGUUCGCCAGACUGGGGGUCUAUUCGGAAGUGUUGCGCCGAAGGGGGGUGAGGGUGGCUGCGUUUUGGCCUAUGUACUGCUCGAUGGAGCCCGAGAUUUGUUACCGGUGAUCUCGGUUAGGUUUAGGUCGGGUAGAACCCCAGAAGCCGUUUUGGUGGGGAGAAAAAGUUCUGUUCUGGAGGCCGUAUCAUAAAAGGCGCUCAAGUCGGACGUUUAUCAAAUCGUUUUAGCUGAUUUAUUGGUCGCGUACAUAAUAUUGUAAAUUGAAUUAUAAACUUUUAAUGCUUUGAAAUAAAGAAUACUUAUACUUAUACUUAUAAAUUAAUAAUAAUAAAUUAAA